ACGUGGGUGGGGUUAUAACUGACAAGGAAGUGAAGUCAAACUAGUAGGACUAGUUUGCAAGGAUUGUCAUGAUGUUGACGAUUUUAUUCAUUGCUUUUAUAGUUUUGGUCAUAUUUACACUUAAAUAUGUAUUUGGCAGCUCAGGGCCGAACCCCUUCGCGAACGACUGUCGCGAGCCUUUAAAAGAGAAGGUUUACGACAAGAAAGAGAAAAACAAAGUCCUGAAACAAGGUUUCCUGGCCAGUAAGGUACCAGACAACCUGGAUGCAGUGAUCAUUGGCAGUGGUGUGGGUGGACUCGGGCUGGCUGUGCUGCUGGCCAAAGUUGGAAAGAAGGUUCUGGUUCUGGAGCAGCAUGGUCGGGCUGGGGGAUGCUGCCACACGUUCACAGAGAAGGGCUUUGAGUUUGAUGUUGGUAUCCACUACAUCGGUGACCUGUUGGACCACAAGCCUUUUCGCUGUAUGUUAGACCAGAUGACUAAUGGACAGCUGGAGUGGGAGAAGCUGGAGAACCCGUUUGAUCAUGUUAUUCUGGGACCUCCUGAAAACCGGCGCUCGUACCCCAUCUACAGCGGCAGCGCUCGCUUCUCUGAGGAGCUGAAGAAGCGCUUCCCUGGAGAGGAGAAAGCCAUCGAUGAGUUCCUAAAGCUGGCGAAGAAAACCGGCCGGGGAGUCUGGGUCCUGGCUCUGCUCAAACUCUGCCCUUUACCUUUGGCUAAGUUUCUGAUCCACACCGGUCUUGUCAAACGUCUGUCCUUCUUCUUUAAAAUGGCGCCACGCAGCCUGACAGAGGUGGUCAAUGAACUGACUGAGAACAAGGACCUCAGAGCUGUCUUUACCUACAUCUUUGGCACCUAUGGCAACAUACCAAAAGAUGCCAGCUUUGCCAUGCACAGUCUACUAGUCACCCACUAUCUAAGCGGCGCCUGGUAUCCAAAGGGUGGCAGCAGUGAGAUCGCCUACCACAUGAUUCCAAUCAUUGAAAAGGCAGGGGGCGCUGUUCUGGCUCGAGCUCCAGUCAACCGUAUCUUGUUCAACAAUAAGAACGAAGCUUGUGGUGUGAGUGUGUUAAAAGGUCAGGAGGAGGUGCAUGUUCAUGCUCCUAUGGUCAUUUCUAAUGCUGGUAUCUUCAAUACCUAUGAAAAGCUACUGCCUAAGGAGCUCCGGGCCAUGCCAGAUGUCCAGAAGCAGCUCAGUAUGGUGAAGCACGGUGAAGGAGGCCUGAGCAUCUUUGUGGGUUUAAAUGGAACCAAGGAGGAGCUGGGCCUGAAAGCAAACAACUAUUGGAUCUUUGCUGAGAACAAUUUUGACGAGCUGGUGGAGAAGUACAUGAAUGAGGAGAGGGAAGAGGCUUCUAAAAAGAUACCUCUGCUGUUUGUUGCUUCACCAUCAGCCAAGGAUCCAUCAUGGGAGGAGAGAUCACCAGGGAAGUCAACUUUGAGCCUGGUCAGUUUUGCCAAAUACUCCUGGUUCGAGGAGUGGAAGGACGAAAAAGUGAAAAACAGAGGGGGCGACUACAAAGAGCUGAAACAGGCGUUCAUUGACUCCGCGCUGGAUGUGGUGAUGGACGUUUUUCCCAAGAUCACCAGAGACAAGAUUGAGUACGUGGAUGCUGGAACCCCCAUCACUAACACACACUACAUCGGAGCGCCCAAAGGUGAGAUCUACGGGAUGGACCAUGGCAUCGCCCGUUUCAGCCCUGAGCUCAACGCUUUGAUUAGACCUCAGACUCCUCUGAAGAACCUCUAUCUGACAGGCCAGGAUGUGUUUUUGUGCGGUUUUGCUGGCGCCCUCGCCGGAGCGCUCACCUGUGGCUCGGUCCUCCUCAACCGCAACCUCCACCUAGAUACUAUCGGCUUGGCAAAGAGAACAAAAUAUAUGAAGAACAAGCUGAAAGACGAGUAGCUGCUCUUGUUUACCAUGUUUCAACGUAUUCUUCAGGUUGGCUAAGCAGCUGUUGUUUAAUCAGUGGACAGUGAAGUCCAAUGUCUGGAUUUCCAAAGGGUGCAGGUUGGAUCAUGUCAUCUGGGGAAAUGGUUUGUUUAUAAAUGUUAGUUUACUAAAAGGUAGUCACUCUAUUGCCCCUGAAGAGAAUGCAGUUUCCGGUCCUGAAGAAGCAGCAAAAUAAUCAAAAAACUAACAGGAAAUACAAAGCUAUGUUAAGUUAAAAAUGCAAAAAAACCAGUGCUUGGAGAAUAAUGUUGUUAUGGAUCGUAAUGCUCUGCAAUUAUCUGCAUCUGUUUCUUGACCUCAGAGAUGCAGAACAAAGUCUUAGUGCAGAGGUUGGUUCUAGUUUCCCAUAGCUGGCAUUCUUUCUGCACAAGCUGCUGCUUUUAAAUCAAUAGGAGGUCUGGUAAUUUACUGACCACUUUCACCUCUGUUUCAUUUUGUAGAGCACCAAAUUGUAACUUCUUUAAACCAGGCAAUAAUGAGAGAUGUUCACACAUUUAUAAAGAUUCUUAAAAUCACACUUUGGCCCUUUUUAUUUUCUUUUUUUGUCUGGUUUUGGGUGAAAUGACUUACUAAAAUGAAAUAUACAGUGUCAAACUAAUAAUAACCAUGCG